ACAUCGAACCAGCACCAAACAACUCUCCCCUCCCCGGCCCUCGCCCCUGACGCAAGCUCAACGCAAAACACAACCCCUCUCGAUCGCGCACGCCCUACGGACGACCCCCAAGCACACAGCAAUAAUGUUCCGCCCACUGCAAGUGUUGAUUCUCGCCCUGGUGGCCUCCGCAUCAACCGCCUUCGUUGUUCCCGCAUGGACCGCCAUGAGACCCGCUGCCGCGUCGGGGCGACCCAUCUCGGCCCUCAACAUGGCGGCAGGCGUGGCCAUGCCGGAGAUCAAGACCGCCGGGCCUUCCAUCGGAGUUCUGGACAAGAAGGAGGUUUCGUUCGAGACGUCCAUCAGACCCGAGGACAAGUACAAGGUCUUGCUGUUCAACGACAACGGCAACACCCGCGAGUACGUGUCGAGGUCCCUCGUGCAGGUGGUCGGUUUGAGUGAGGCCACCGCCUUCCACAUCAUGCAACAGGCGAAUGACAAUGGCAUGGCCCAGGUUGGAAUUUGGCAUCAGGAAAUGGCGGACGCGUACAGCACUUCCCUCAAGGAGAGGGGGCUCAUCGCCGAAACUCAUCCUGCGGAAUAAGCAAACAGAAGACCGCCUUUGAGCGGCGCUGUUCUGUCGUGGCACGUUCUCAGCGCCGUUUCCCGAAGGAUAUGGUCGUCGCGGUGAACGUGGGCGAUACUAGCCUAUCUCCUCGAUUUCAACCCUCACGCGCGUCGUCAUAGACAUAUUCAUGGGCCACUAUUAGACGUUGGCGUUGAAACAGCGGUCCGGCGAUCUGUUUCGGGGGUGCUGGAGAAGAUCGUGGUGGCCGGAAUGUCGAAAAGAUGUAGGGAAGCCGGUUCGGCUCGAGACUCCUGUUAGGUGAAGUCUGCGCCAGAAUGUAAACGCGGGUGGAAUUUUGGUCGUUCGUUCAUCUCCCUGUCGAUGUAUUACAGCAGUAUACUCUAGUGCUACUUGUAUUGUUUUAGUCGUUUUAAUUUGUUCUCCGUUUACUCUCUACUCAUACCUUGUUAGGUGGUGGUAGAUUUCAUCGCUUCGCAAUCCCCGGCUUGCGGUCAUAUUUUUUCCCCAUGCAAAUG